CAAAUCAUAGACGAGUUUUCGCUUAAUUUGUUCCGCAAUUCACUUUAAUUGUUUGCUUAUUUUUAUGUGUUGCUGGUUCGCUGUUGCUAAAAUGCUGCAGUAAGCAAGAACAAAUUCGGCGAAAGGAAAUAAAUUGUCACAUGAAGUGGUAUCUUGCCGGCGUGCACAAGCAUUGAUCUUCUCGUAGAAAAUUGCCUGAUUAUUGAAGCCAACUUCAUACCUACUUCGAAUUGAAGAACUUCAAAAAGGUCCUUCCGGUACCAGUGAUAAUAUUCCCAAAAGCGUCACCAUGCUUGCAUCAUCGACAGCACGUAUGGUCUCAGCUACCCGGCGCCUGAUGCUCAAUGCUGCCAGUGCGAACAUGCGGCCAAUAUGCAGCACCAUUUGUUCACCGAAUCAGCAUCUUUCAGAUGGAAAGAACAUUCCUGCGGAAAUGCUGUCUCAGGUUCGCUCAUUCCAUUCGACAACGGCUCGUUGCGAUAUUGAUUCUGCUGCCAAGUUCAUUGGAGCUGGUGCUGCCACGGUAGGAGUUGCCGGAUCGGGAGCCGGAAUCGGGACGGUAUUCGGAUCAUUGAUUGUCGGGUACGCAAGAAACCCAUCGCUUAAGCAGCAGCUGUUCUCCUACGCCAUUCUAGGAUUCGCCCUCUCGGAAGCCAUGGGUCUGUUUUGUUUGAUGAUGGCUUUUCUGCUGCUGUUUGCAUUUUAAUUCGCUUGUCUCUAUGUAAUCAGAUAAGCAUUUGGCUAUCAUUUGUAGCCACAGUAUAGAACAUCCGUAGCAACAAAUCGUACGAACGAAAAUGCAUGCAGGAGAUACUUCAUCUUUUCUUGUUCUGGUGGGAGCUUUCUGUUGGUAUUAUGCAUAAUACAUGUAUCAUGAUUAAUAUGUAAGAUCCACACAUGAUAAUGAGAUGAAAUAAAAUAUUGGUUGCACGGAAAA